GAUAGACAGUCAGAGAGAGAGAGAAACUAAUAGUCUAAGCCAUAUCGAACCAUUGUCACAGGAGGUAUAUUCUUUUCCUCUGAUAUGAUGAACGCUGUAGCCGGAAAUGAUCUUUAAUCCAACAGCUUCCCCCUUUUUUAAUAAUCAGAUUUCACAACCCCCCCUUUAUCCACCAGGCUCAACAGUUGGCUUCAAAGUUGCAGCUCUUUUGUGAAAUAAGAAGGUGAAUGGGAGACCUGAAGAAGUUUUGGAUGAUUUGUGAAAGUGUGUAAACAUUAAGGUGUUCCAGUAUAUGUGGUCUUCAGUUCAAAUUUCUGUCUUUUCAACGGAAUGCAUCUGCUGCUGUUCAUUUCAUUCUGCCUCAGUCUCUGUUCCUCUGUGCUGAGUGCAGCAGUAACACCUCCAUGUAGUGCUGUAUACAGGGGCUUUGCUGAUUGUCUGGUCUCUCUGGGUGACAGUGUGAGCUCCAUGACUGAUAACCCACAGGACAUCAACUCCAUCUGCAAGUCAUGGGAUGCCUUCCAGGUGUGUGUGAGCGGUGUGUUGUCAGGUUGCCGUGGCGAUGCAGCAGAAAUUUGGGAAUCUUUAAGGGCAGAGUCCCGGAAAACAGCAUUUGCUGGGAACCUCUACGACAUGUGUGCCAGUCGUACUGAAGCUGUGACUGCAACCACACCUUUGGUUCCCAACACUGACCAAACCAAUCAGGAAACCCUCAAAGGACUCGCUCAUUCUGUCAGCCACUCAGUUAGUGAAGAGCUGCUCCUGACAUGCUUCUCUCUUCUCCUGCUGCUUCGGAUGUAACCUAUCAAUUUACAUAUCUGAACUGAUGCCAAUGACAGUGCUACAGGCACAUAUCUGCAUAGACUUCAUGCAGAAUUUAAUAUGUAAGCUCUUUGGUGAGAUAUUCAUGACAAAUGAUGUGUUUGCUUUUUUAAAAACAGUGACAAAAAUAUAGGCCUGGUUCUUACAACUAUGUUUUCUAUAGAAAUCAGUAAUGUUCUGUACUCAAAUCUACUGGUUUUGUACAUCAUUAAAUAUGUAGAUUGUGUAAAAAAAAAAUCAAAAACUGAUAUGUUAUAUCUAUGUUAUAUGUGUGCUAUAUGUGUGCUGAAGUUUUAACAAAAUAUAUUUAUAUCUGCAAUAAAGUUCAAAGCAAAAUGA